AUGCAGAACUUAUCAGAAAAGCCAAGAACCCUUCCUAUGACUAAUGAUGAAAUCGAAAUUCCAGUACAAUGCAUUUUAGCAAGUAAUUUAGUAGCUGAUGUUUUUAAUGAUGUGUUGAAAAAUAAUGAUGAAAAAAUCUUACUUUCUACUAUUAUCCUUUGUCCUAAAAAUCAAUUAACUCUUGAUGUAUGUAAUGAAAUUAUUUAA